AGCGAGAGCGAGAGAGAGUGCAGCGGGACAGGGAACGAGCUAGAUAUAUACAACGAGCGAGCGGGACUUCUGAGAGCGCCACAAGAUGAUGAUGGAGAACGGACUCUCCAUGGAGUACGGAGAUGGGUACAUGGAGCAGGAGGAGGAGUGGGAGCGCGAGGGCCUUCUCGACCCUGCGUGGGAGAAGCAACAGAAGAAGACAUUUACCGCCUGGUGUAACAGUCAUCUGCGCAAAGCCGGCACCGCCAUCGACAACAUCGAGGAGGACUUCCGCAACGGCCUCAAGCUGAUGCUGCUGCUGGAGGUGAUCUCCGGCGAGACGCUGCCCAAGCCCGAUCGCGGCAAGAUGCGCUUCCACAAGAUCGCCAACGUGAACAAGGCUCUCGACUUCAUCGCCUCCAAGGGCGUCCACCUGGUGUCCAUUGGCGCCGAGGAGAUCGUCGAUGGCAACCUGAAGAUGACCCUGGGCAUGAUCUGGACGAUCAUCCUGCGCUUCGCCAUCCAGGACAUCUCCGUGGAGGAGAUGACCGCCAAGGAGGGUCUGCUGCUGUGGUGCCAGCGCAAGACGGCUCCUUACAAGAACGUCAACGUACAGAACUUCCAUCUGUCGUUCAAGGAUGGUCUGGCCUUCUGCGCCCUCAUCCAUCGCCAUCGUCCAGAUCUUAUCGACUACGCCAAGCUGUCCAAAGACAAUCCUCUGGAGAAUCUUAACACUGCCUUCGAUGUGGCCGAGAAGUAUCUGGAUAUUCCGCGCAUGUUGGAUCCAGAUGAUUUGAUCAACACUCCGAAACCGGAUGAACGUGCCAUCAUGACGUACGUCUCCUGCUACUACCACGCCUUCCAGGGAGCCCAACAGGUUGGAAAUGUGACGCAUGUACCCGAACCCACAAGACAAUACACCUACGUCCCGAAUAAUUACAAUGCGGAAACCGCUGCCAACCGCAUCUGCAAGGUGCUCAAGGUCAACCAGGAGAACGAGCGCCUCAUGGAGGAGUACGAGCGUCUGGCCAGUGAUUUGCUGGAGUGGAUCCGCCGCACCAUGCCGUGGCUGAACUCCCGCCAGGCGGACAACUCGCUGGCGGGCGUGCAGAAGAAGCUGGAGGAGUACCGCACCUACCGGCGCAAGCACAAGCCGCCACGCGUCGAGCAGAAGGCCAAGCUGGAGACGAACUUCAACACGCUGCAGACCAAGCUGCGCCUGUCCAACCGGCCCGCCUACCUGCCCACCGAGGGCAAGACCGUCUCGGACAUCUCCAACUCGUGGAAGGGCCUCGAGCUGGCCGAGAAGGCCUUCGAGGAGUGGCUGCUCGCCGAGACCAUGCGCCUGGAGCGCCUCGAGCAUCUGGCCCAGAAGUUCAAGCACAAGGCCGAUGCCCACGAGGACUGGACGCGCGGCAAGGAGGAGAUGCUGCAGUCGCAGGACUUCCGCCAGUGCAAGCUCAACGAGCUGAAGGCCCUCAAGAAGAAGCACGAAGCCUUUGAGUCUGACCUGGCCGCCCACCAGGAUCGCGUCGAGCAGAUCGCCGCCAUCGCCCAGGAGCUGAACACCCUGGAGUACCAUGACUGCGUGUCGGUGAACGCCAGGUGCCAGCGCAUCUGCGACCAGUGGGACCGCCUGGGCGCCCUCACCCAGCGCAGGCGCACCGCUUUGGACGAGGCCGAGCGCAUUCUGGAGAAGAUCGACAUCUUGCAUUUGGAGUUCGCGAAGCGGGCGGCGCCGUUCAACAACUGGCUGGACGGGACGCGCGAGGAUCUGGUCGACAUGUUCAUCGUGCACACCAUGGAGGAGAUCCAGGGCCUGAUCCAGGCGCACGACCAGUUCAAGGCGACGCUGGGCGAGGCCGACAAGGAGUUCAACCUGAUCGUGAACCUGGUCCGCGAGGUGGAGUCGAUUGUGAAGCAGCACCAGAUCCCCGGCGGCCUGGAGAACCCCUACACCACGCUGACCGCCAACGAUAUGACGCGCAAGUGGAGCGACGUCCGCCAGCUGGUCCCUCAGCGCGACCAGACGCUGGCCAACGAGCUGCGCAAGCAGCAGAACAACGAGAUGCUGCGCCGCCAGUUCGCCGAGAAGGCCAACAUUGUCGGCCCCUGGAUCGAGCGGCAGAUGGACGCGGUGACGGCCAUCGGCAUGGGACUGCAGGGAUCGCUGGAGGACCAGCUGCACCGGCUCAAGGAGUACGAGCAGGCCGUCUAUGCCUACAAGCCGAACAUCGAGGAGCUGGAGAAGAUCCACCAGGCGGUGCAGGAGUCGAUGAUCUUCGAGAACCGUUACACCAACUACACGAUGGAGACGCUGCGCGUCGGCUGGGAGCAGCUGCUCACCUCGAUCAACCGCAACAUCAACGAGGUGGAGAACCAGAUCCUCACCCGCGACUCCAAGGGCAUUAGCCAGGAGCAGCUGAACGAGUUCCGCAGCAGCUUCAAUCACUUCGACAAGAACCGCACCGGCCGCCUGUCGCCCGAGGAGUUCAAGUCGUGCCUCGUCUCGCUGGGCUACUCGAUCGGCAAGGAUCGCCAGGGCGACCUCGACUUCCAGCGCAUCCUCGCGGUCGUCGAUCCGAACAACACUGGCUACGUGCACUUCGACGCCUUCCUCGACUUCAUGACCCGCGAGAGCACCGAUACCGACACUGCCGAACAAGUGAUCGACUCGUUCCGAAUCCUGGCAGCCGAUAAGCCAUACAUUUUGCCCGACGAACUGCGCCGCGAGUUGCCCCCAGACCAGGCCGAGUACUGCAUCCAGCGCAUGCCGCCCUACAAGGGACCCAACGGAGUGCCCGGCGCCCUGGACUACAUGUCCUUCAGCACAGCUCUCUACGGCGAGACCGACUUGUAGGAGCAC